GGGAGACCCACAGACACACAGACACAGGAGAGACAGAAACAAAGGCACAGCAGAAGGAAGCAGAGACAGGGCAGGCACAGAGACGAAACCAGACAGAGUAGUACAGGGGGAGAGACCAGAAAAGCCGUGGAAGACACGGGCAGAGAGAAACAAAGAUCCAGGAAAGGAGCGUGCAGAAGGAGAUUUUGGAGGAGCCAGACCGUGGGGCACCUCUCCUAAGCCUAAGGGCUAAGUUUUCUCCGUCUACUUUGAAGGUCCCCAGCCCCUCUGAAAACUCUGCCUCUGACCUUGGCACGAGUUUAAGCCCCCAGGCUGCAGAGGGGACUUUUCCAAAGCUAGAGUGUGGAGGACUUGGUGUCCCAGACAGCCUCAGUCCCUCCCAGCUGCAGCACCAGUGCCAUGUACCGGACAGGUUCGUGUCCCGGGAGGGGCUUGGCUGGGCACUGGCUGUGGGGAUUCCAACCCCACCUGUCGUUCCCCACUGUGCCCCUCUCUGGGCUGGUGUGGCUGCUUCUGCUGCUUCUGGCCUCCCUCCUGCCCUCAGCACGGCUGGCCAGCCCCCUCCUCCGGGAGGAGGAGAUCGUGUUUCCAGAGAAGCUCAACGGCAGCGUCCUGCCUGGCUCCGGCGCCCCGGACAGGCUGUUGUACCGCUUGCUGGCCUUUGGGGAGACGCUGCUACUAGAGCUGGAGCAGGACCCCGGCGUGCGGGUCGAGGGGCUGACAGUGCAGUACCUGGGCCAGGCACCUGAGCUGCUGGGUGGAGCAGAGCCAGGCACCUACCUGACUGGCACCAUCAACGGAGAUCCGGAGUCGGUGGCAUCUCUGCACUGGGAUGGGGGAGCCCUAUUAGGGGUGUUGCAGUAUCGGGGGGCUGAACUGCACCUCCAGCCCCUGGAAGGGGGCACCCCUAACUCUGCUGGGGGGCCCGGGGCUCACAUCCUGCGCCGGAAGAGUCCUGCCAGCAGCCAGGGUCCCAUGUGCAACGUCAAGGCUCCUCCUGGGAGUCCCAGCCCUGGCCCCCGAAGAGCCAAGCGCUUUGCUUCACUGAGCAGAUUCGUAGAGACCCUGGUGGUGGCAGAUGACAAGAUGGCAGCAUUUCAUGGUGCAGGGCUAAAGCGCUACCUGCUGACAGUUAUGGCAGCAGCAGCCAAGGCCUUCAAGCACCCAAGCAUCCGCAACCCUGUCAGCUUGGUGGUGACUCGGCUGGUGAUCCUGGGGUCAGGCGACGAGGGGCCCCAGGUGGGGCCCAGUGCCGCCCAGACUCUGCGCAGCUUCUGUGCCUGGCAGCGAGGCCUCAACACCCCUGAGGACUCGGACCCCGACCACUUUGACACAGCCAUUCUGUUUACCCGUCAGGACCUGUGUGGGGUCUCCACUUGCGACACUCUGGGUAUGGCUGACGUGGGCACUGUGUGUGACCCAGCUCGGAGCUGUGCUAUCGUGGAGGAUGAUGGGCUCCAGUCGGCUUUCACUGCUGCUCAUGAACUGGGCCAUGUCUUCAACAUGCUCCAUGACAACUCCAAGCCAUGUGUCAGUUUGAAUGGGCCUGGGAGCACCUCCCGCCAUGUCAUGGCUCCUGUGAUGGCUCACGUGGAUCCUGAGGAACCCUGGUCCCCCUGCAGUGCCCGCUUCAUCACUGACUUCCUGGACAACGGCUAUGGGCACUGUCUCUUGGACAAGCCAGAAGCUCCCCUGCAUCUGCCUGUGACUUUCCCUGGCAAGGACUAUGAUGCUGACCGCCAGUGCCAGCUGACCUUUGGACCUGACUCACACCAUUGUCCACAGCUGCCACCGCCCUGUGCUGCCCUCUGGUGCUCUGGCCACCUCAAUGGUCAUGCCAUGUGCCAGACCAAGCACUCACCCUGGGCCGAUGGAACCCCCUGUGGGCCUGCACAGGCCUGCAUGGGUGGCCGCUGCCUUCAUAUGGACCAGCUCCAGGACUUCAAUAUUCCACAGGCUGGUGGCUGGGGUCCCUGGGGACCAUGGGGUGACUGCUCUCGGAGCUGUGGGGGUGGAGUCCAGUUCUCCUCCCGGGACUGCACAAGGCCCGUCCCCCGGAAUGGUGGCAAGUACUGUGAGGGCCGCCGUACCCGCUUCCGCUCCUGCAACACUGAGGACUGCCCAACUGGCUCAGCAUUGACCUUCCGUGAGGAGCAGUGUGCUGCCUACAACCACCGCACUGACCUCUUCAAGAGCUUCCCAGGACCCAUGGACUGGGUUCCUCGCUACACAGGUGUGGCCCCUCGGGACCAGUGCAAACUUACCUGCCAGGCCCGGGCACUGGGCUACUACUACGUGCUGGAGCCACGGGUGGUUGACGGGACUCCCUGUUCUCCAGACAGCUCCUCAGUCUGUGUCCAGGGCCGCUGCAUCCAUGCUGGCUGUGACCGCAUCAUUGGCUCCAAAAAGAAGUUUGAUAAGUGCAUGGUGUGCGGCGGGGAUGGUUCUGGCUGCAGCAAGCAGUCAGGCUCCUUCAGAAAAUUCAGAUGUGGUACUACCUGGGGCAGCCAACUUGCGCUACAGUGGGGCCACUGCAGCCACAGAGACAUUGGCAGGCCAUGGGCCAUUGGCCCAGCCCUUGAUGCUGCAAGUACUGGUGGCUGGCAACCCCCAGAAUGCACGCCUCCGAUACAGCUUCUUCGUGCCCAGGCCAGCCCCUUCAACACCACGCCCCACUCCCCAGGACUGGCUGCACCGCAGGGCACAGAUUCUGGAGAUCCUCCGGCGGCGCCCCUGGGCGGGCAGAAAAUAACCUCACCAUCCCGGCUGCCCUUUCUGGGCACCGGGGCCUCGGAUUUAGCUGGGAGAAAGAGGAGGCUUCUGCAGCUGCCUCAUACUAAGACUCAGGAGAGAGAGGCUGUGGGGGUGAGACCUGACCCUCCUCUCUGCCCUAAUGCGCAGGCUGGCCCUGCUCUGGUUUCUUGCCCUGGGAGGCAGUGAUGGGUUGGUGCAUGGAAGGGGCUGGGAGACAGUCCCCUAUCUAAAUGCCCCCUCUGCCCUGCAGGUCACAGGAGGGAAGGGGAAGGCAGGGUGGGCUGGGGCCCCAGUUGUAUUUAUUUAGUAUUUAUUCUCUUUUAUUUAGCACCAGGGAAGGGGAUGAUGACUAGGGUCCUGGGUAAACUGACCCCCACCCCUCAUAGCCCUCACCCUGGCUAGGAAAUCUGGGGUGGUGGUGAUUGGCAUAAGUAAUCUGUGUGUGUUUGUGUGCAAGAAAAUGUGUGUGUGUGCUUAUGUAUGAGGUACAACCUGCCCUGUUUUCCUCUCCCUGAGUUUUAUUUUCUGGGAAAAGAAGGGUCAAGGGUGGGAUGGGCCUUCAGGGAGUGAGGGAUUAUCAUAUUUUUAAAAUAUAAAUUGAAUUCUCUAUUUAUGUGUUCCUUUUGGAGUCAGACAGAUGUGGGUUGCACCCUGGCUCCACAUCUCUGAGCAUUAGUUUUCUCAUUUGCCAAUAAUACCUCCCUUAGCAACUUUUUGUAAGUAUUAAAUAAUGUAAAUAAA